AUGGAUAGAAGUCUGCUAAAUAAACUGACUUGUUCAGGAGAGGAGAUGCCAGCAGGCUACCUCUACACGGAACUCGUCACUAGCACAAACAAUCUCUUUGCGCCCGUCGGGCAAUCUGCGUUCGGGGCGAACCCUCAGUUUCGACUAGGGAAUACGGCAUCGGCAGGAGUUGCGCCACAGGAUACAGUCGUGGAGAUCCUGGAGUUUGUGUCUCGCAAACUCGAAAGGUCAGACAGCGAUCCUUUCGUGAAGAUGAAAUGCUUGAGGCUGUUGAAACAUCUCUGUGAGCGCGGCCACGAGCGAGUUCGCGGCAUCAUCCAACGCAGGUACCUUCACCGCAUCAAGGCUUGUCAGACCUACAGAGGCCCGCCGCAUCCCCUCCAGGGCGACGCGCCGAGUGCCGCAGUCCGCGCGGAAGCAGAUGCGUGCCUGCGGUGUCUGUACGCGCACGAAAACGGUGCGGCCGGCUCGGCGGUGCCUACGUCGAUCGAGGCGACGGGGCGAAUUGAAGGUUUCGGUCCGGGGUCACGCGCGACUCCGGGGGCGGACGGCGGCUACGGAAUGGAGGGAGUGAAGACCAGCUGCGGGACGGGAUUCGGAGGAGCGUAUGGCGGCACUUCCUGGUCGGCGUCCGGAUCGUCCAUGGUGGGCUUUGGAAAUCCACACUUCAGCCACGAGAAACAGCCUUCGAGGCGAGAACAAGCUCUGCAGCUGAUCUCUGCAACCGCCAGCAAGAUCCUUCCGACCUCGGUUCAGGAGCAGCUGCAAAAAGUCGUCACUACCGCUCUGCCUGGAGGAGGCGGCCCGCCGGUGUCAAGAUUGGGCUACAGCUCGUCUGGAAGCUUCCGACCCCCCACGGCUCCGCAGUCCGGCGACAGCAAGGACGGCAUCUGGACUGCCUCCACUUCGUUUUCUUCUCCCUACGCCGCCGCGCCGGAAGAACAAGCGCGGAUCCGCUACGGCUCUUCUGCAGGGCGAUACGGAGACAGCGCGGGCGGGUACUGUCGGCCGAACUUGGGAACCACUGCGUCGCCCGCUCUCUCGUCGGCCCACGGCCCAGUGUGGGGUCCACGUGGAGGCUCGGGUUUUGCCGGGGCGACGCUAGAUUCAGGGCGCGUCUCUCCUCCCGACGGCCAGACGUCCGCUUUUUCUUCCGCGAGCAAGGAAGGCGUGAGGAACAGACCUGCUGUAUCUACACUCGUCGAGUCCGGCGCGUACGAGAACCGCGUCGUGGAGGAGUUGCUCGUCCCCUGUGGAGCCAAGCUGACUCCGUCGCCGGCGACUCUCGAGGACUUUGCCAGCAAGUGCCAAGCGCUCGAUUCGCGCGUUUUAGGAUGCAUCAUUCAACAGAAGCUGGAAGACGAGGCCAUUCCGUGGAUCUCGCGGCUCCGGCUCCUCUGCGGCUGCGCAGCACUGCUCCGGCGCGAGCGGCAGAGAGGCGGUCGAACUCUCGGCGGCUUGGCGCGCGACGUUGCAAGGAACGCAGCAGAGUCAGCAGACGCGGAGGCGCUGACGCUGGCCGAGGUGCUCGCGGCGAACUGCGUAGACACCUUGAAGAGGUGCGUCGACUCUCCUCAGCUGAAACGCCAAGCCACGGAAGUUCUGCGCCUUCUCGGGGAACACGAAGACACGGACGCAGAAGUGCGAACAGGGAACCGCGUAGCGACCGCAACGUCGACUGCGGAGAGCAAUGACGACAGGGAAACCGCGUCUGCCGUCGACUUGCUCGAUUUGGGUGACGAAGGACCGGAGGAGAUUCAAGGGCCGGGAGGUCGAGGAGCUGAGGAACUGGGAGGACGUGGAGGCGAAGCCCGAGAUCUCCUCGAUCUUUGUGGCGAAGAGGCGACCCACGCGCAUGCAGGCAACGCCCACAGUCUCAACGGUACUCUCCACAGAACCCCGUCGACCUCGCAGGCCGCACAGCAGGGCGAUCUGCUGGACGUCCUGUCCGUUGACUUGACUUCUCUGUCUCUCGCCUCUGCUUCGUCUGAUCCGCCCAAGACCCUUUCGGCAGCCCGGUGCCAGGGCGCGCCUUCUUCCGCCUCGCCGGCGUCUGCUUCCUCUUUUUUCUCCGGCCUCGUGGUGAAGGACGACAAGCAAAAGAGACGCGAAGGCGCUUCGAGUGGGCGAGGAGGCAGUUCGCUCCUGUCGCCGACAUGCCAGGCCGGUCGCUCUUCGUCUGCGUCUUUGCUUCCAGAGACUGACGCGGGUCGGGGUGACCGAGCCUCUUGGCCUGUGGCGAGCAAAGCGCCUGCGAUCUGUCCUCAAGAGAUGCUGGCGCUCGACACGGUUCUCGCUCCUCUCGCGUCUUCUGUUCCCGGCGGCGGAAGUCGGGGAUCGCCUGCCACUCUCGCGUCAGUAUCUGCAAAGCCAGGUGAACAGCCCAGGAGGGUUCCUGUCCCCUUCCCUCUCUCCCACACGAGCGAGUCGUCUCCGGCGUGUGGAAACGCAGCGAGUCGCCUCGGGUUUUCUCCCCUUCUUCUGAGCCCCGUCGCGUCCGAGAGCAUCGCCGGAGUCGCAGCGAGCUCGACUGGGACAGGUUUCGCGGGUGCAUGCGGCGGCACAGGACAGGUUGCAGCCAAUGGGCUUUUUCCGGCUUCGUUGUCGCCUCUCUCGGCCGCGCUCGCGGCUCCGACGCCGUCCUUUUCUCCCGGUUCCUGCUCGCCCUCGACGCUCCUCGGAGCAGCCGCCGGACCCGCCUUCCCGCCUCCCAGCUCUGGCCUCACUCCGCAGACGCGAACAGCACACCUUGAUCGCGUCUUCAACGCGUGCGGCGCCAGUGGACAGACGAGGCAGGCUGUCUGCGGCGCAACGGGGUACGCAGCGCUGUUUCCUCAGGGCCGAUCUGCUGCAAACUGUGCGGGGCUGACGCCGGCAGCCUCGGCCCAGCCCCACGCGCCGUCUGCCGCUCCUCCAGGAAGAGAGGAAUCGAGUUCUGGGACGCGAGAGGGCGGGGCAGAAAGAGGCGCGCCUUUCUCUCGGAUGGUGUCACUGACAGGCGCAAGCACUGUGCAAGCGUUGUCUUCGCAUUCCUCGCCUCUCGGAGCAAGCAAGGGGACGCCUGACGCAGGAGCUCAGCCGGCAGGUCCCGGGAACGGAGGCGCGGGCGAGAGCCGGAAUCCAGAGGCGAGAACAAAGUUUGCUUUCGUCACGAGCUAG